GCAGUUUCAAGCUUAUGUGAAUUUUAUCGCCAAAACGAAUGGAAGUGCAGUUUCUUAGUGAUGAACUAUGCUGUUUACAGUAGUUAAUUGCGAUUACGACAGUGAUUUGAAACAGCAACAAUUAGCGUAAGAAGUCGCAUCAUGCUGCCGGUUCGUCUGCGGCGCGUCGUGGGCCACGAGGGCCGGUCCAACGACGCCCUGUUCCAGCCGGCAGUCCGCGCCCCACCCCUCUCUCAACAUACCCUCGUCUUCUUCGGGGGAGAUGUCCAGGACUAUCCGGAGCUAAUGCAAGCUCACCGCGACAACAGGAACUACAUAAAGUGGAACCUGGAGAACACAGUGCGCAUGCUGGGACACAAUUUCCCCACCAAGCACAUCCUGGCUGUCAGGCCUUCCAGGUACGUCGGUGGUUCCAGGAUAGAGUACAAGAGCUUCAGCUGCUACGAUAACUUCGUGCCGAGCAACAACGCUGGGGUGCCGGAACAUACUCCCACGCAUAGCGCCCUGCAUCAUCUCGAAAGGCUUCUCCAAGGAGUCAGCAACAGGAUAAAGAGUUUCUCCACGUCGGAGCUGAUAGAGGCAUUCUCGCCUGUCUCCCUGCCUGAGGAUAUCGACAUUGAAGACCUUCAUAACUCAUCGAUCCACGCGGCGACGGCGGCGGAGACAAGCAAGUCAAACGGAACGAAGGCGCAGGCCGGCAGCUCGCAGUCCACAGACAGUACCCUCGCUGAACACAAGCCUGAGACAGAUCCGCUCUGGUGGCGGGAGAACUUCGCCCUUGACGAGACUCAGUUGACGCUGAUCGGGUUCAGCAAAGGCUGCGUGGUCCUCAACCAGCUCAUUUACGAGUUCCACUACACCAAGACCCUGACUCCCGGAGAUGCGCAUAUGAUGAGAUUCAUGGAGCGUAUAGUGGACAUGUACUGGCUGGACGGCGGCCACGCGGGCGGGAAGAACACCUGGAUCACCUCACGCAGUCUACUCGAAACCCUCACCCGACUCAACGUCAACGUUUUUAUCCACGUUAGUCCUUAUCAAGUACAAGACGAGGCGAGGCCCUGGAUCGGAAGAGAGGAGAAAGCUUUCACCAGUUUGCUUAAAAAACUUGGUGCCAAGGUGAACAGAUACUUCCACGAGCAGCCCGGCAUGACCCAUUCCCUGCACAUGCAUUUCGAGGUCCUCGCCAACUUCAAGAAGAUGCAGGACUCCAUACCAGCCAGCAUGCCAGACACCUCGGAUGAAGAAGCUUAAACCCCCUCGUUGCUAUGGAAACCUAAGUAGUACCGGCGGUAAAUAAUAACAUAUUUUUUUGA